AUGGUGCAACUCCAUCAUUCCUUCCUUUUCGCAGCUCUAGGCAUAGCGUCCGCCGCUUCGGCCUUCGCUGUCGCCAGUGGUGGUGAGCACGCUUCCUAUCUUGCGCGUCGCUUUGUCGACAACCACGCUCAAGCUCUUUUCCCCCGCGACCAGGAUAGACCUGGUGAGGGACAGCUUGAUCAGGGCCACCCUGUUUCUGAACCCUUUCCUUCGGCUGGGCAGAAUUCUGGCGAUGGUGGUGGCGGCAACUAUGACCCCAAGCAUCGCCUCUCUACCUCCCCCAGAAACGAUCGGUCUUCCAUCUCCGAAGCCAAACAGCAGCUCGAGUCGACUCUCUUGCCCGAGUGGGAUCGUCAGUUGACCGAGCAUUUUGCCUCUUACGGUCACUGCUUUGGUUCUGACUCGUCUACCUGUCAACGACACACUUGUCUCCUCACCAGCGCCGACUGCAUCGCCUACAGCAAGAAGGAGAAGCACGACCUGGCCAGAAUGACCAAGCAAGUCCUUUUCAAGGCCGUCACCACAGGAAAGUGUGACCCCUCUGUAUCCGCCACUGGCUACACGCCGAUCUGCAACAAGUACGGCUACUGCGACUUCUUCGAAAACCACGGAGCCGAGGACGGAACCAUUCGGUGCGAGACGCUCAACGACGAGGAACGACAAGAAUUCGUGUCGAGGCUUCGAGUCCUCGACGAAGAUUCAGUCGAUAUCGUUGACAGCAGCAGCAGCAGCAGCAGCAGCAGCGACGGAGACGGUGAGGGCUCGAAGCGUUCGUCCCCUGACGAGAUGCAAGACAAGAGGGACCCUCACACGGUUGGCAAACGCUCUCUUGCUGAUGAGCAGAACACCCCCUUGUCUCAAGACACUUCCCAGAAACGUGACGUCGAAGAAGCUGUCAAGUCUGCCUUAACUAAGCGAGCUCUGAUCGACAGGCCUCUCCGUUACAAGACCGGAUUCACUGAUGCCAUGGCGAAGGGCGAUGGUUCGACCUCUACCACCCUGGACGGAGCUGUCGACUUUUUCGGCGAAAAGCUCAACCAGGAGCAACUCGCUGUGAAGGCCUUCCAAGUCGCUGCGCAAGUUUCGGAACCGAUCAUGACGAGUCGAGGCUACUGCGAUGCUCUCUCUUCGACUUGUGACCAAAAUCGCAUCUGCGUCUUGAGCACGGAAGGGUGCCGGCGUUACUCAAGCGCGGACAAGAUCUCGAUCGAACAAAAGUUCCUCAAAGCUUACCUCGACGUGCUUUUCACGGGAUUGUGCCAGGCUAUGCCUGAUGCGCAGAGCGAUAAUUGCGAUGCGUCGGGCCAUUGCCAACUCUGGAAGAGCGGUGAUCUUCAACGUGAUCCUAGUUGCAGGGAGUUGACAGAUGGUCAACACUGGAACGAGUUCUUGGAUAGAUUCAGUGCUGCUUUAGUCCAGCCUAGACAGACGGACACGCAUACCGUUGUUCAGCAGCAAGGCGGCUACUUCGGAUUGACUCCAUACGCUGAUCAAGGAACUCCGUCCUCAAUUCUUUCUAAGCGAUCGCUGCCUCACCAUUCCUCCGAUAGUAUUCACGAUGACGCCAAGGCAAAGCCUAGCGUUUCCUCUUCCUCUUCGAACGACGGCGACACCGUCGAUAUGUCCAGUGUCAAGAUGACUCAGGCACAGCUUGCUGACCAUGUGUUGAAUGCUGCCGCACAAGCUACCGCUCUUGCCACGAAGAGCUCUGGUCACUGCAAGAAGGAGUCCGAAAUCUGUCGCAACCACGUGUGCCUUCUACGCGACCCUGGCUGCCGCCCUUAUACGGAAGAAGAAGCUGCGGUGAUUGAGGACAAGUACAUCAUUGCUUACUCGGAAGUGUUGUUCUCUGGCCAUUGCAACCCUUCUGCUGCUAGCAAGGAGAACGACAAUUGCGACACCUCAGGUCGGUGCCAGUUGUGGCUUGGAAAUGGCAAGCGAGACCACGCCUGCAAGCAGCUCGGCAGCAGGCAGUUCUAUUACAGGCUCCUCGCAGUCUUGGAUGACUUGGGCAUGGGUCCAGGUGCUCACAAGGCGCACGGUGCUGGCGUAUACACCCACAAGGCCAAGCGUGACGUAUCGUUGUCCACUUCCGCAGAAGUCGAGCAGCCCGAUGCUGCCAAAUUCCAUGGCGUCAAGGUCACCAAGAAACAAGUUUUCGCGCUUGCCGAUGCAGCUGCUUCGCAAGCCGUUGCCCUUGCCUUCCACAACCUCGGCUACUGCGAGGAAAACUCUGCCACCUGUCACGGAGAGUCGUGCGACCUGGGCAUGGCUGGAUGCAUCUCAUAUCCGGAGAAGGUGAUCGACCAGUACGAGCAAAUGCUUGCCAAGGUCUACCGUCACGUGUUCACUUCAGGCACUUGCGACGUUGAAGCUGCUGCUGGUGAUGGCAAGAGCGACAGCUGUGACCAGUCCGGCCACUGCACACUGUGGAUGCACAACGACAAGCGCGAUCUUGGCUGCAAGGAGUUGACCUCCGAGCAGACACAGUUGAGGCUUCAGGCGGAGCUGGACGUUGUACUUGCUCAAAACAUGCCUGAAGCUGAGGCUGGUGCUGAAAAGCGCCCUUUGCAGAAGCGCAAUUUCGACUACGGUAUGUUCAACCCAGCGGUCUCUAACGAAGACAAUCGCAACACUGCCAAAUUCCACGGCGUCAACUUGACCUUGAAGGAAGCCUACGCUCUCGCCGAUCAAACUGCUGAAGCAGCUACCACUCAUGAGUUCGACAAGCUCGGUCACUGCGAUCCAAAGUCGUCUUCUACAUGCCAAGAGAGCUUCUGCGACGUUGGUAAGCCAGGCUGCAUCGCUUACUCGGACGAAGCCAAGCGCCAUUUUCUUAUCAAGUUCCAAUCUAUACUCAGGUCGGUGAUGACUUCAGGCUCUUGUGAUCCGAACGACAGCGAAGGCAACUGUGAGCCGACGGGCCGGUGCCAGCUGUGGUCGGACGACGGUGUUCGCGAUCGUACGUGCGCGGAGCCGAGCUUCACGCAACUCCAAAUCAGGCUCGAGUCUGCAUAUGACACCAUGCUGGCGCUCGACGAGCUCGAGUUGGAUGCUGACAAAGGCAGGCUGCACAAGCGCUCAAAGCGACAUGCAACGGAUUCUGACGGAGAAGAGCCGGCUCCCAACACUGUCCUGUUCAACGGCCUCGAGAUGACGCAGCGCCAAGUCGCUCAGCAGGCCAUCCUGGUCGCCCAACAAGCUAUAAAGUACAGUACGCAAGACUCGGGUACGUGCGCGAAAGGUUCUCCGACCUGUCGCGACGAGUACUGCACUUUGUCCUCGCCCGGUUGCAUCGCCUACUCGGACGAGCAGAAGCUGCAGCUGCAACAGGCGCUAAGCAUGCUGCUGACCGAAGUGUUUACUUCUGGUUCGUGCAAAGCUACUGCUGGUCCUGCUGGCGGCAGAACCGAUGUUAACUGCGACGCUUCAGGUAUGUGCCUGCUGUGGCAGGACGGCGGAAAGCGCGACUACAACUGCAAGCCUUUGAAGAAGAAGCAGCUCAAGGCGAGACUUCAGGACGCUCUGCAGACGAUGUAUGCUUCGGGUGCGGCUGAUACUGAUGCCAGAGAUGGCAGUGGCAGUGGUCUUGGUAGUGGAAGCAGGUCGGACAAGGAGAAGCGUAACCUCCACUACACUUUGGUGAAGCGAGCGCUCGACAUUGGAUUCAAAGACGUCAAGUCCGAGCCUGACUCAUCCAACUCUGACGAAAACAAGGAGAAGCCCGAGGCCGCCCUGAUCAAUGGUGUCCCAAUGACGCACAAGCAGGUUCAAAAAGAAGCCAAACGAAUCGCAUCCACAUUUACCGAGUUCGGGCCGGAAACCAAGAUCACCUGCGCCAAAGACGGUCGGAUCUGCGUAGGGGGUACCUGCAAGGACACUCCUGUGCGAUGCGAAGACCUUGCGAAGAAUCAGGUGUCGGAUCUGCAAGAGACGGUCGCCAUGGUUUUGCAAGCUGCCUUCAGCACGGGCACCUGUGAUCAGAACGUUGACAACACGGGUCGUCUUUGCAAGCCUGCGGUGGAGGGUGGUGAGACGUGCUUUCUGUGGAAGGAGGAUGACAAACGGGAUCACGGCUGCAAGGAGUUGACCAAGAAGCAGCUCCAGACGAGACUAGAGGCUGAUUUCAACUUGUUUUUGGGUCAGUUUGUUCCGGAGAGCAAGGAGCCUGCUGCUCGUAGCAGCUCCGCGAAGCGCAAUAGCAGCCGCGGAUUGUCCAAGCGCGAGCUGAUCGACGGUCCAAUCCUUCAGAACCUGCUCGAGAGGGACAUGGGAAUGGACGAGCCCGGUGCCAAAGGGUCCAACCCCGAGACCCGUCCAGGCUUCAUCACUAUUCGCAAGUCGGACCUGCUCUCCUCUUCCAAACUCUACCAGCCCACGCCCGAAGAAGUCUCCGAGUUCAUGUCUGUUUGUAAACACCUCUCUCACGAUCACAAGGCCCUGCAACACGUCGCUGAGGCCGCCGGGGUGUACGACGAGGAGGACAUCGAACAGCUUCGUGAACAUUUUGGCGAGCUGGCACACAACCGGGAGGCGGCGACAGAGGUGCUGCAGGAGGCAAAGAUGCAGCAGAUGGUGCGCGAGUCCAAGACCACAGGUGGUCUCUUCGGUGCCAUGACUGCUCCGUCCAAAGUUGCUGCUGCCGCGGGUGUGGACAAGCUGCGCAAGACUGGUGGAGAGCUUGACGUGGGUGUCGACAGUGGCAGUGGCAAGGCUGCCCAGUAG